AGUAAUUUCGUCAAAAAAGAAGGGUAUGUGAGUAAUUUAGAAGACGGCAAUUUAACGACGCCGGUAAGCAAGGUUGAGUUUGAUUUGAGAGUUCGGAGAAUAUGAUACUUGCGGUGCUUUUUGCGAACGCCGAAGGCAAUAUCCUCAUCGAACGUUUUCAUGGAGUUCCUGCCGAGGAGCGCUUACAUUGGCGUUCUUUUUUGGUCAAACUAGGAGCUGAUAAUCUUAAAGGUGUAAAAAAUGAAGAACUCCUAGUUGCUUGCCACAAGUCAGUUUAUAUCGUAUACACAAUACUUGGAGAUGUCAGUAUAUACGUUGUGGGGAAGGAUGAGUACGACGAACUUGCUUUGUCGGAGGUGAUCUUUACAAUAACCUCAGCUGUAAAGGAUGUAUGUGGAAAGCCUCCAACUGAGCGCCGUUUCCUUGAUAAGUAUGGAAGAAUUUGCUUGUGCUUGGAUGAAAUUGUAUGGAAGGGAUAUUUGGAAAAUACAGAAAAAGAAAGAAUCAAGAGACUGAUAAGGUUGAAGCCUCCUACCGAGUUCUGAAUGAGAAAUCCUGACAGUCAUUAGAAUCAGCAGUUUGAGGUGUGUUGAGCAUCUUGUGAGUUAUAAUGGCAAGACACCGAGGUCAGGCAAACCUCUGAAUAUGAUAAUUUUUUCUCUAGUAUGGUGCAUGUGAGGAUUUUGCUCGGCCAAUAAAUAUUUGUAUAACAUUCUCAAAUUAUACAUCUUUUAUGUUGUAACAUCUAUAUUGUUGAUUUUAUUCUACCUUUACCUUGUAGAAUGUGUGUUUUUCAUUCUUCUCUGUUUGCUCUUUUAAGUAGUAUAUUUUUGUUAGAUGAUA